AUGCAUCGAUUACUCGGGGAUUGGAGCGACAAGAUUACGUUCGGGGAGAAGCCGAUAUCGAUUCCGGCGAAGAACGAUCGAUACAAGGCCGUCCUCUACGAUGGCGACAUGCUACUCUCACCUGGGCAGCUGCAAAAAAUUGCCGACAAUGCGAUUGGUGGGCGACAAAAACGCGAGGCGUACCUGGAUGAAUUCUACCCAUCAACGAUCUGGCAAGACGGGGUGCCUUACGAGUUGCAUAGCUCGUUGUGUGACCCUCGUCGCCCGUCUCUCCGUGCUGCGCGCCAUCCGAUUCUGGGCCGCGCAUACGUGCAUCAAGUUCCGACCGCGCACCAAGGAAAGCUUCUUUUGAGGUUUGUGGGCUACGAGAGCGGGUGCUGGUCAGCUGUGGGGAGAGAUGACACGGAGCCCAUACAGAUUGUCAGCAUUGGAAGGGGAUGCGAGCAUUUUGGUGUCACGAGCCACGAGCUGGCGCAUGCCCUCGGCGUCUUCCACGAGCAGUCCCGGCACGAUAGGGACAAAUUUGUCACCCUGAAUUCGAGAGCCGUCGACCGAGAUAUAUUGUACAAUUUUGCAAAGGUGGCGGAAACGGUGAGAAAAUUCGAGAUCUCCAUCGUUCAAACGGGGAACACGCUGAAGGAUAAGAUGUGCGUCUACCAGUUGAGGGCCCCGGCCGGCAAGAAAAUCCUGCUCAACCUCCUUCGAGUAUCCGGGAAAUGCAUCGAGGGUUGUUACGUCGAUGGGGUUGAGGCGAAGAUGAGAAAGGACAAACGGCCGGUUGGAUAUAGG